CUAACGAUUACAUGCAAGUUGUUCAAGAUUUUCAAGAAAGGCUUUUUCUCACUCGCUCAUCAUUUUUUAGUUAUUGGCGCUCCAUAAACAGCAGGAAGAAGAGAUGUCUAUCUCUACAAACUCAAAGCUUUUUGCGAUUGCUGUUGUCGGUGUGCUAUUCAUCGUGUUUGGAUUCUAUUUUGGGAAUUUGUGUAAUUGGACAAGUGAGCUAGCCAGCAACAAUCUUCCAACAUCAAAACAAAGGCACUCUUCAGGAUCUCUACAUUAUAAGUCAUCUUUGCCCACACAACGUCGCUUACUUGGUCCAUGCACCUGUCCUGAUGGCUCUACAAUUCUCAAAGACCACAUCCCAAAAGACCAAUAUGAGGAAUUAAUGCAGCGACGAGCUAAAGAGUUCCAGCAAUACAAAGUCAGGACUAAUUCAGUACUAUCCAAGCUACUUUUUGCUUUGCCUAACUCUCCUCUGCAGUAUCCUAUCCAGGGUGUUAUAGUACGACCCUUGACUGCCACUGCAAUACCAGGUUUAGGUCUGCAUGCUGAAGAAGGAAACAGCUAUAAGGUUCUCUUAACUGUGUCAAAUGGUGUCCUAACCACAGAAACUUCAACUGCAGAGGCCACUGUUCAAGGUUCUGGAGGGACGAAACUGAUUAUUGAGUCUAACAGCCUGCUGGUCCUCAAUAAUCUGCUGGCCAAAGUGUCCUAUACCAGCACAAUCUACCAUAUAAACACUGGAGACCUUGUCACUUUCCAGUUUGAAAACUAUGAAGCCGCGUUUCCCAUUACCAUCCAGCAGCCUCAUGUACCAGUCCUGUAUGACAUGGGAACAGAUAUCAGCUCUCAAGUCACUAUUGUCACAAAGACCUUCCUGCGCUACAAACAACUGAGGGUGUUAUUGGACAGCAUCCGGAAAUUCUAUAGUAACAUAAAAGUGAUUAUUGCAGAUGACAGCUUAGAACCAGAGAGCGUUACUGGAGAAAACAUCCAGCAUUACAUCAUGCCUCCAGCACAGGGCUGGUUUGCAGGCAGAAAUCUGGCUGUCUCCCAGGUUACCACCAAGUACUUCUUGUGGGUGGAUGACGACUUUUUGUUUUCAGAGAAGACGAAGAUAGAGAAACUUGUGGAGGUGAUGGAGGCAGUCCCUGAACUAGAUGUGGUUGGUGGGUCAGUACAAGGGAACACGUUUCACUUUUCUAUUCUAUAUGAGGAAGGAGAUGAAAACGAAGGUGGCUGCCUAUACAGGAAGUCUGGUGGGAAAUUCCACCCCCUUCCUAGUUACCCACAAUGCCAUUUGGCCAGUGGAGUGGUCAACUUCUUCCUGGCUCGUACAGAUGCCAUGCAGAGGGUGAGAUUUGACCCUAAGCUCCAGCGAGUAGCGCAUUCAGAGUUCUUCAUGGAUGGCCUGGGCUCUUUGAUGGUUGCCUCAUGUGGUGACGUGACAAUUGACCAUCAACCUAAAACAGCCGAAAACCAUAAUCCUACCUACAACAAAUUCAGAAGCCCUGGAAGAAAUGAUGGAGAAUUCAAACUGCAGCUUCAUUUUUUCAAAAACUACCUUAAGUGCAUUAGAUAUGGAUAG